UUGUUCCCUAUCCUUAAAACGUAGACCUUUCUACAGCAAGUCAAUUCAACUUCUGGUGUGAGCUCAAAUGUAAGGUAUAGGAAGGCCUUCUUAAUUUCAGGGACCCUAAACUCCAAACUGUUCUUCCCUUAAUGAUUCUUCUUCUUCUGUUUGAUUUGUAGAAUAAGCAACAAUGAGGAAAUCCCUUGCGACCAGUUGGAUUUUACUUCUCCUUCUCCUGCUCCAGAUGGAGCCCUCUCUUUCCAAGAAGAAGCCUAAACCUGGUGGUGGCUGGAAUACUGGGGGCCAACGCCCACCUGGUUACCCCCAGCAACAUCCUCCAAACAGACCUAAUUAUCCACAAGGUGGUUACCCUCAAGGUGGUUAUCCUGGGCAAGGAGGAGGCUACGGAGGAGGCUACGGAGGUGGCUAUGGGGGCGGCUAUGGGGGCAGCCAAUAUGGAAAGCCCUGGAAGCCCAAAUCACCCAAGAUGAAGCAUAUGGCAGGAGCAGCUGUGGCCGGAGUUGCAGCAGGUGCAUUGGGUGGUUACCUAUUAGGCCGUAGCAUGUCAAACGUGCCGUUUAUGUUUAACAAUCCUCAAGAGCAGCAGUGGUGGUAUCAAAACCGCGACCGCUACUCCGACCAAGUUUACUACCCGAAGUAUGACCAACCAGUUUCAAGGGACGUCUUCGUGAGAGACUGCACGAACGUCACCGUGACCCAGUACAUGGAGCCCAGUGGGAACAGGACAGCAGAUGAGAUGGAGAGAAAGACAGUGACACAAGUGGUACACCAGAUGUGCACUGAGCAAUACAGGGUGAUGUCAGGUGUCACUUUGCUGCUUGCCAACCCUUCUGUGCUUGUAAUGGUUACACUGAUUUUAUGUUUCCUGAUACACUGAGUUGUUUUCCUGAAGGUUCUCUCUUGUUGAGCUAGCAAUGUGGAGAAGGGACCUCUAAAAAGCAUACACCUGGUGGGAGAAUACAUUCUUGUGCAUGCAAUUUUUAGUGGGUGUGUUUAAGAGUUGUUCUAUCUCUUAAGUAUUCUUGAACAUACUGGCUUCUUCUGAGCAUACAUGGUCCUUUCAUAACCACCUGUGAUUCUGUCUUUAGCUGCAAAACAGUUUUGGGUGGGGAAAGGAGGGACAUAAGAACAUUUUAUAACAAACCCUGCCCAUUCUCAAAUAUUGACCAUUGAGUCUGCGCUUACACCCAAUAUAGUAACAUACAGUACAUAAGAAUGGCCAAGUAAUUCUUCGCCAGCUACUAUUACUCUGCACCUUGCUAGAAAACUUUAUUUUUAUAUUUAAUGCAGCAGUCAUUUUGCAUUAUCACAAAGUCUGUCUUUCCAAAGGACCAAGUGUAUCUUCACAAGGGAAGGGUUUGCAUUUUUAAAGGGCUUUGACAACCAGAGCUGAUCUGUAUUAUAGCCUUGGAGCUCUUGAGUGACCCAUCCACCAUGACUGAUUCACACAUGGACAUUUUGAAGGCUAUUCCACAUGUAAGAAAAAACAUAUUGCCUAUGAAGCACAAUUGCUGCAGAUACACAGCAUGUGAUUAAUCUUGCUGAAGGCAAGUAGUCUUGAAACAAAGAUCCCGGCAGGCCUGGGGCUGUUGAUCUUGAUUGAUCUUCAGCCCCAUUACAACUGAGUGCAUGUUGUGUUUUGUUUUUAAGUUGUUCUGUCUUGUGUUUUUAAUCUUUUUUUAAAAAAUAUUUUUAA